AUACGGCGCUUCAUUUGUCCUUCAGAAUUUCUAAUCAAAUCCCUCUCUCAAAUCGAUUUCGCAGUAGAAGAGUGCUUUUGCUUUCUCUGAGAAACCCGUUGCAGCGUCACGACCAGUUGGAGAAAAUGUCUUCGAGAGGAAAAAGGAAAGACGAUGAUGUCAGAGCAUCAGAUGACGAAUCUGAAGCCCACGCGUCGGCUAAGAAAGUCGCAAAGCCAGCAGACUCCUCCGACGAGUCUGACGACAUCGUCGUCUGCAACAUAUCUAAGAACAGGAGAGUCUCUGUGAGGAAUUGGAACGGGAAGAUUUGGAUUGACAUUCGUGAGUUCUAUGUCAAGGACGGUAAAACUUUACCUGGGAAGAAAGGUAUCUCUCUAAGCGUGGAUCAGUGGAACACUCUUCGGAACCACGCAGAGGAUAUCGAGAAGGCUCUCUCUGACCUUUCUUAGGUUUUAAAAACUUGUAUAAUUUGGUUGUACGUCUAUUAGAAGAUGGCUCAGGUGUUUUGGUUGUUCUGUGCUUCGAAUUAGUUGGUGUAUUGACUAUUAUAACUUUUGGUUAAGACAAGCUUUGGUUAAGAUUGAUUGCUCUUUUAUUUGCUGUUUACAACUUAAA